AUGCACUCAUCAGACAAUCCUUCAGGCAUGUCAUCUACAAACGGAGUCCAGAAAUCACAAGUGAACUCGAAGAAGGACCAAUUUACUAAGUCUCGUAAUUGGCAAUCACAGCAAGUCAGUUUCUUAAUAGCACUGCUUUCUCUGAAGUACAACAUCACCUUCGAGAAACCGUCUAAACUCCCAACGAAGUCACUCACUAUAUUUAAAGCAGUCACUUUAACCAAUGAAAAAGACUUUAUAGACGUCAAAAAGCUCACAGAAAAUAGAAUUAAGAAACUCAUCGAAAGUGAUGAGCGUAAAAAUAUCAACGAGAAGAUCAUUAGAAGACGUCUUGAGUCGUACCGAAUUAUGGAACACUUACAUGUCCUUAUGGACUUUAUUAAAGGCGACCCCGUUUAUUCUCUACAGUGCAAAGACGACAAACACACGACUCUUCAGGAUCGAAGAGUCAUUAAUACUAUUGCAUUUGAUGGGUUUGUGUACGACAAAAAGGCAAUCAAAGCAAAGGGCACAAAAGUCCAAAAAAUAAUGAUGGAUAGAGUUAAAUUGCACUCUGCAAACGACGCGUUCAAAAUCGACGUCGGAGAUACGGAAAUCAUGACUGCAAUUCUUUUGUAA